CGACAUUUAUUCGCGUUCCACAUGUACUACCAACCUCUCACGGAUUGUUUGACAUUGGUGGUGGUUGUCACAUAAAUCCUGUGCCAACAUUUUUUGAAACGAUGGGUGCAAAUGCUUCAAGUUCAACCUCUGUAGUACACACAGUAAUGCCUUCAGAGUCAGUAAGUGCACAUUCACCAUCGGCUGCUUAUCCAGUGCAACAGGAAGAAGGUAAAUCUGUCACUCCACCAGCAGGGUGCCCAAUGCACCAAAACAAAGGAUCCUUGUCACCAGAGAAGAAAAACAGCCCUGCAGUGCCAGCUCACCAGGAAAGGGCCUAUGAAUUUGUGGAGUGUCCUAUGAGAGCAGCAGCUGGAGGAAGUACAAAACCAGAUGAUAUUGACCCAACCAAUAUGAUGCCACCGCCAAACCAGCAACCAGCUCCAGACCAACCUUUCCCAUUAUCUAUGGCAAGAGAAGAGUCUUCCAUUCCCAGAGCUAACUCGGAAAAACGCUGGGUCUAUCCAUCUGAACAAAUGUUUUGGAAUGCAAUGUUAAGAAAAGGGUGGCGAUGGAAAGAAGAUGAUCUCCAUCCUGCUGACAUGUCAAAUAUAAUUAAGAUUCAUAACCAAAAUAAUGAACAAGCUUGGCAUGAAAUUUUGAAAUGGGAGGCUCUUCAUUCAAAGGAAUGUCCAUGUGGGCCAUCUUUGGUUCGUUUUGGAGGCAAAGCCAAAGAAUACUCUCCUCGAGCCAGAAUCCGCUCUUGGAUGGGAUACGAAUUGCCCUUUGACAGACAUGAUUGGGUGGUUGACCGCUGUGGGAAAGAAGUACGCUAUGUAAUUGACUAUUAUGAUGGAGGAGAAGUUGAUAAACAGACCUACCAGUUCACUAUUCUUGAUGUGCGCCCUGCUUUUGAUUCUUUUCAAGCAGUAUGGGACAGAAUGAAAGUAGCUUGGUGGAGAUGGACAUCAUAGCUUUCUGUACAUUAGAUCAAAAGACACUGAAAAUUUUUACUUUAGUUUUUAGGUGUUUUUCAUCUCUAUUUAAGCAUGAUUAUUUUCAUUUACUUCUGUUAAUUUGAUUUACAAACCCACAACUGCAAAUAAUGUAACAUAUUCCAUGUUUCAAAAUGCUAUAUAGUAAUAGCACAGACAAGGUCUCAAAGAAUGAAGGUUUUUUGCAGAUGCUUAGUGGUAUACCAAAUUCAAAGAAGGCAGUGGCAUCCGUGUGUAUUGAACAAAAUGAACAUGAAUCUAAUUUCAUUUCUGCACUAAUUUGUUUGUUUGUUAUGCUUGUCUUUGUUUAUGUAGCAUAUGUAUAGUACAGUGUAUUGCCUUAUUUCUGUUCUUAUUGUAUUUUUACAAGUCUUUUUUUUCUGUUUACACUGCUGGCAGUGUAUAAAAAUGAAAAAAGUUUAUUUAGUACAACAGUCGCAACAUUUGUACUAAAAGGUGAAUAGCAUCAGUAUUUAAAAUUGUGAUUGACAAUUUUUUUCUAUCCCCGAAACAUCCAUCUUCUUAACUUGCUUAGUACAAUACAAGUUUACAGCAUGCUACAAGAGGUAGACCUAAUUAUUGUAAUUAAAAGUGGCAGUGAUGGCUGUAGAAUGACUAGUGUUCGGUAUCCUUGGCACUACUGACAAUAAAGAUCUAUAAAAAUU